GAAAACAUCAGACUGAUGUCUCAGACCACACAGACGAGAUCCCAUUAGAAGAGAGAGCAGCAAUGCAGGAUACUUACGGAUGCAUUAAAUGGAAUGUAAAAUUUCUGCCCCUUGAAGAAACUCAAGAGAGCCAGCAGCAAAAGAUGGAAAAACUCAAGGUGAUGUUCCAACACUCUGAUGCCAAUCCAGAAGAGGUAAAAUGUCUAAUGAAGUCCACAUUUUAUACCCAGCGUCAACAUGUCAACCAGGGAAAAAGUAUCAAAUGCCUUAGAGAGGAGUGGCCGUUUUGGUUUGAUGAACUUGGCAUGUCAGUCCACUUCAUGGAACUGACUGGGAUUGACCUCAAAGAGACAUUCACACGAAAUUUGGAUUUGAAGGGAAAAAGGCUUCUCAACUACAUGACCACAGUUUGUGUCAACAAGAGCAAGAAGCUCCUUCAGAAUUAUGCAAGGCUUCAGAGGAUGCGAGGACUGCAGACUGGCUGCUCAGAUGAUGUGAUAGAGAUGCUCCUGCUUCUGCUCAGCUACUUUGAUGAGGAGUCCAUGUUCUUCCAUGUAGAAGAUACAUGUCUGGCAGAAGAGGUCCAACUGGAGCAAGUGCCUCUGACACCCACUGUUAUUGUCUGUGGACAGUCCUGCUAUUCCGCAACAAGGUACAUGCUGAGUCUGGAUCGGAACCUUAUCAACACAAACAUCUCCUCCUUCAUUUCUGCAUUGUGCCUCAUGUUCGGGAGUUACUACUGUUUUAAUAUCCAUUAUCCAUCUGAGCUGGCUUCAACUCUGGAGUUUCUUCAAAGGUGUUUUUUCUCCAUAAACCCAGAAAAAGGAACCAAAGUAGAGAACAAAAACUCCAAGCGUCGUCUCAACGUGAACCCUCGAGUCCUCACCCUGAUACAGGAACUCUCCGAUCACGAGUGGUGUUAAGCCUAAGUAUGGACUCUUUCUGUGGACUCUGACUGUUUGUUUAAGAGGUACUGUUAGUUUUCGCUUUAAAUCCACAAUGUGUAUUAUGGUUAAGGCACAAUAAGUAAUUUUUGUUUUAAAUGCACUAUGUAACUUUUUCUGGUAGAGGGUCCACCACCUGCUUGUUUCAUGAAGAUGUUCUUUCUUUGCGGGAAUGUUCCACAGUAUGGUAUAAAACUUAUCUAUCUUGCAUUUAUUCAAUUAGAACUUUUUUUUAUUGCAAAAAAAUAAUCUUAAAAGGAACUCGCCGACAUUUUGGGACUUUAGCUUAUUCACUGUAUCCCCCAGAGUUAGAUAAGUCCAUACAUACCCUUUUCAUCUCCGUGCGUGCUGUAACUCUGUCUGACGCACCCACCGCUAGCCUAGCUUAGCACAAAGACUUGAAGUAAAUGGCUCCAGCUUGCAUACUGCUCCCAAUAAGUGACAA